GUAUACGCGGCCCCGAUGCACCGAGGAGCACGUGACCCUUUUGGUCGAAUCACACUUUAAAUUUCGGCGCGCGCCCCUGGUCCAAAACGAAAGAGCCGGAGGAGCUGACGAGCCGCUUCACCGUGAACCGUCUCCCGCUAAACCUCAGGAUCCUCCCCGGGAACACACAGCAGGAUGUCCGAAGAAAAGCCAAAGGAAGGAGUGAAGACGGAGAACGACCACAUCAACCUGAAGGUAGCAGGUCAGGACGGGUCGGUCGUACAGUUCAAAAUCAAGAGGCACACUCCGCUCAGCAAACUAAUGAAGGCAUACUGCGAAAGACAGGGUUUGUCAAUUCGUCAGAUACGGUUUAGGUUUGAUGGACAGCCGAUUAAUGAAACAGACACACCUUCACAGCUGGAGAUGGAGGAUGAAGACACUAUUGAUGUAUUUCAACAACAGACAGGAGGCGUCUGUUCUUAAGUGUAAUGUGGACUCUGCUCUUGGGAGAACAUCCACACCAUAUUUUCAUGUUGUAUUUGUUUAUUUUUGUUUUUACUUGUUUCUUUUUUUCCGCUGUGCUUUGCUAAAUAUCAGGCUUUUCACAAACUAAGGUUUAUAUAUUUUAUUUUUUUGGGUUUUUUUUUGGAAGCCAAAUCAUGACUUUUAGGUGUUUUAUUCACAAAUUAAUGAUUCAAAUUUGUCCAUUUUAAAUCGGAUAUGGCUUUCAUAUUUAAAAAAAACAAACAAACAAAAAACUGACAUGACAUCCUGCAUGUCACAGGAAUCAACAACCAAAAUCUUUUUUGUUCUUGCACAAAUUCAAAUUCAGGAUGGGCUUAUUUUAGUUAAUUAAUGUUAAUGUUCUGAUGAAAACUGUUGCAUCGGAGGCAAUGAUUAAUGUCUCCACAGGUGGAAAGUUCUUAUGACAUAUUUCUAAUGUAAUAAACUUUCAGUAGUGUUUUUUUAAAUAAACGUUUAAAAUAAUUUAAUAAAACCCAUUUUACUUUCUACAGAAAAAAUGCUUGUGCAGAGAAAGAUCCAUAUGGACGUUUUACCUCAAUACUGUCACACGACACAGAUUUAACUAAAUGGUAAUUAAAUUAUGGUUGUUUCUGGACCAAAAAUGUUUAAUGAAAGAAUUUUGGGGAAUAAAAGGUGUAGAUGUGAAAGGUUUCCGUGACUCUGUAACAGUGGUCUUAUCCCACCUUUUCAGGACCUUUUUAAAAUAUACAACAUGUAAUCGUGUCACUUUUAGCAGUCCAUCGUAUCUUAUAUAUUUCACUGUAUAAUAUCAAGUCAUUGCUGUGUUGCCAAUUUGACUACAUUUGUCUCAAAUCUCUUUAUAUUUUCAACAGAUUAGUUCGUUGGACUUGUGGGUCGGUAGAAAUCCUGUUUUGUAAGAACGUCCAACUUCAUUUUAAAAAGUCUGUUAGAUUUGCAGGGUGACAUUGGCAGAUAUUUCACCUUUUUUUAAUUUUUAUUUGUACAUUAUUUGUUGUCCCUAUACUGUAUACAAUAAAUAUAGUUUGAUACUCAG